AGUGGCCAUCAACGGGGUCACAUGGAAACUAUUCUGAACAUUUAGUACAGAACAGUAAACGAGCAAGGGAGUUCGUCUCGCAUUCCUCACAUUUGAAUUAACAAUUUCUAACAAACAAUUUGAAUGUAUCCGAUUGUGCUGGCGUCUUGUUAGUUCAACGAUUCGGAAAAAAUACGGUGAUUUCAAUUCUGUCAGUGAAGAUUAUUUGAUCAUUUUUGUCUUUUGGACGCAAACGUUUCAUUUACGCUUUGAAAGUGCGGAAUACUGAGUUUUACCAUUUGUGCUUGUUCUUAUUGAAAACCUUGAGCAGCACCCUACAGCGUCAAGAAAUCUCGUAGGCUACUUUUGGGGGGGAGAAUUGGCGAGGUCUUGACAGUACAUUGUCAGUCAGCGGGUUUCUUUCUGUAUAUUUCCUGAGAGGAUGCCUGAAGAAAUGGGAUCAAGCAAGCUUGGGGGUGUGAUAGCCUUUAUCUCUUCAACCUCUUCCUCAAGCCUGGAGUCCUGUAUGAGUGACAGCUCUAACAGCAGCUUCCUGUCCUCCUCCCCACCUCGCCCCUCUUUGCCAAGCCGAGCGGUGGGCAUGGUGAUGGAUGUCGCCCCUACCCCAGCCAAACAAGGACACUCACGUGGUCACGGCACUGCAAAGACUGGCCGAUCUGCAUCCUCAGCUAAAAGUGGUAUUACUAAGAUCAAUGGCAUGGUGUUGUUGUGUAAGGUAUGUGGUGACGUGGCCUCGGGGUUCCACUAUGGCGUCCACGCCUGCGAAGGCUGCAAGGGGUUCUUUAGGAGGAGCAUCCAGCAGAAUAUCCAAUACAAGAAGUGUUUGAAGAUGGAAAACUGCACCAUCAUAAGGAUCAAUAGAAAUCGCUGUCAGCAGUGCAGGUUCAAGAAGUGCUUGGCUGUGGGCAUGUCUAGGGAUGCUGUCAGAUUCGGCCGCAUCCCAAAGCGGGAGAAGCAGCGUAUGCUUCUGGAGAUGCAGAACGCCAUGAACAACAUGAUGAGCAACAGUGGUCAGCUCCACAGCAUGCUCAGUGGCACCCAGAGCCCAGCCCGCACCAUGGACGCCCUCCCCAAUGACUCUAGCCCCUCCUCUUCCUCCUCAUGUUCCAACCCCUCGUCACCGCAAUGUCCCCAGGACUCUGAGUCCAUGGUUUCUAUGGACACCAAUUCCAGCUCCGCCUCUUCAUGUUCAUCCGACAGCGGCGAAGAUGAGUCUAUCUUCAUGGCAGCCAGACAGCACAAGGGUGCUUUCUCAUAUGAUGGUGGAAAGCAAAGUUCAACAAGUCAGUGCCAGGGAACAACAUUUUUAGUUGCCAGGGAAACGCAGAGCAACCACAGCAUAGAAAAACAGCAGGGCACCUGGAAUGGCUGGAACCACAGUGUUGUUGGCGGCUACCAGCAUGGUUACCAGCACAGUCACUACAGUAACAGCCAACCAAUCACCAGCGGUCCAUACAGGGAAGAGAGGGUGAUUUAUGAGAAGGCUCAGCACCACCUAAACAGUGCCACCAUUGGUGGAAUAAUAGAUGACAACCACCAAAGGAAGCACAACAUUAACAAACAAACUGUUUCCAAUGGUAUCAGUGGAUCAGCGUACAAUGUGGACCAGAGGGCACAUCUGGUGUGUGCGACAAAUGACUCUCCCCACGUAGAAACCUACAAGUCCAGCCAGGAGAUCUGGGAGGAGUUCUCCAUGAGCUUCACCCCGGCAGUGCGGGAGGUGGUGGAGUUUGCCAAGAAGAUCCCAGGCUUCCGAGACCUCUCCGAGCAUGACCAAGUCAGCCUGCUCAAAGCUGGGACUUUUGAGGUGCUAAUGGUGCGUUUCGCUUCGUUGUUUGAUGUUGCGGCUCGGACCGUCACCUUUCUGAAUGGCAAGAGAUACAGCCUGGAGACCCUGCAGUCUCUGGGUGCUGGCGAGUUACUGUCUGCCAUGUGUGACUUCAGUGAGAAGCUGGCCACUAUGCAGUUGGACGCUGAUGAGAUGAGCCUAUUCACUGCCGUCGUCCUUGUCUCUGCCGAUCGUUCAGGGAUCCAAGGUCUGAACUCUGUGGAGGCCCUUCAGGACAACCUGAUUCGAGCAUUGCGGAACCUUAUCACAAAGAACCACUCCAAUGGGGCCACUACUUUCACCAAGCUGCUGCUCAAACUGCCUGAGCUGCGCUCCCUCAACAACUUGCACUCCGAAGAACUACUGGCCUUCAAAGUGCACCCUUGAGCCCUAUGGACCACUAGCAACACCACCAGGACCUGCCUAUCCUCAACUUUGCAUAAUUGUGUAUAUCACUCUCUAGAUUGUAUUGUAAAGCUCUUAUUUUUUUGCCUGAUGUUAAAACAAGGGUCAGAGAAAGUAAUUAUCGUCGUCUGUAUUCAUAAGAGGUCAGGAAAUUGAUAACUUGAUGUUGCACACACACCUGUAUGAGAUGCUCAUGGUUUUGCAAAGUUAGAAACACUUGUUUUAUUUUUAUUUUAAGUGAGUACUACACUGACUUUACAAAAGAUCUAGUUCAGAACCACAUACGUUUUUUUUUCAGAAAGCCAUUUGAUUCCAAAGUUUUGUGCUCAUGAACACAGUGAAUGUGAGAUGUUCAGUAUAUUUAAAUUAAGAGGAUGUGUGAUAACAUUAUACUUAUUUCCUAAAACACGCCAGACUUAAAAAAUAAGGAAAUAAGUAUCAGAAGGAAUGUGCGAUGAUUGCUGCUAAUGCAUGGCUAUCCUUAAGUAAAUGACUUGACACAUGAUUUAUUUACCCUUUUGUUAAGGGGCAGAGUAUAAUUCUUUUUUUCAUAUUUUAAAAUCAUUAUUAUUGUAAUUACAUUUUGACUGUUCUUUGUGUAUAGUGUGUUUUAUUCUUGUCAGAACCGUUGAUGUUUGUUAGUCUUGUAUCAGGUAUCUUCACCUCACUACUUUCUGAAACUGCACAGUAUACCUUUUGCAGCAACACUACUUUGCACAAUGUGUUGCGGAUUUGCCACCAACUCAAAGCUGUACAGCAUCAUUGAUUUUAGUGUUUAAACUUCCAUGUUUUUAGGCUCUCUUCCAUGCUCCAGCACAGCAACAUAAAUGUUUUUCCUAUGUCUGUCUUUCAUGGAACCCAUGUAAAUAGCCAUGUAUAUCUCUCAUAUAUAUAUAUAUAAUAAUAUAAAUAGUAUAAAUAAAUACAU